GCGGCGCGGAGGCUUCUGGGAAGAAGGAGCAGCCCGGCGGGCGUCGAGUGAAGGAGGGGCCGCCAUGUUGUUGUUCUGCCCUGGCUGUGGGAACGGGCUGAUCGUAGAGGAGGGACAGCGCUGCCAUCGCUUCGCCUGCAACACCUGCCCCUACGUGCACAACAUCACAAGGAAGGUCACAAACCGGAAGUACCCCAAGCUGAAGGAAGUGGACGACGUGUUGGGGGGAGCAGCCGCCUGGGAGAAUGUGGACUCCACCCCAGAGCCGUGCCCCAAAUGCGAGCACCCCCGGGCCUACUUCAUGCAGAUCCAGACGCGCUCGGCGGACGAGCCCAUGACGACCUUCUACAAGUGCUGCAACGCUCAGUGUGGACACCGCUGGCGGGACUAGGACGGGGCGGGGAGGGUGGGGAGGCCGCACGAUAGGAAAAAUGGCCUGCUGAGGCGGAGGGGGUCAGGGAAGGACGGAGGGCUUCCCGGGAGUGGGGACCGUGUCCGGAGGGGAGUUAAACCUAAGUGUUAGGGUUUUUUAAAUCUCCCCCCGACAGGCCUCGUCGCAAGGAGCAGGGUGAACGCAGGAGUUCCGGAAGCGGGACCUUUUUGCCCCAAGAGGCCGAGCUCCCUGCACCUUGGCAACGGGUGUUUGUCCUUGGGUUCGCAGAUCACCCUUCACCAGGGGCAGGGGUGUGCCAAACCGCAGUGAGAGGGUGGGGUUGGGGGCAACAAACCAGAAGGCCCGGUCUCUCAUUCUGGCUCUGCCAUGAACCCGCUGCUGUAAAAUUGUGGACGUAUUACUUAAAUGUCCAUGGGCCUCGGUUCCUUCAACUGGAAAAUGGGCGCAAAGUGGGUUUGUGAGCCCUGGGUGGGACAGGAACUGCGUAAGAUCAGAUAGCCUCGAAUUUGCCCUUGCAAUAAACGUUUAAAUGAA